GUAAUUCAUGUGUUGUUUGGUUUUGAAAACCCAACACAACAUUGCAUUGCAUUUGUGUUUCAAUUGAUUACUAUAUUAACCGUUAAAUAAUAGUUUAAAUAGCAAUCAAUUAAUUGAAUUGUUUUUCAAUCUAUUAAUCAAUUAUUAUUAUAUUUUAAACAAACAAUUGAAUCAUUUAUUUGUUAAAUAAGUUUUGAAUGACAUUUGAUUUUUAUUGUCUGAAUGUUGACAUCAAGUGAUGAAACACUGAAUGAAGUGGUGGUGAGUGUUGUGUUUGACACUCAAAGACAGGCAACCAUUGCCUACAAGACAUUGAUUGUCGACAAAGAAGUCCGAAGUGAUGGUGUGAUUGUCGACAAACAUAUCAAAGUUGACAACAAUUUACUGACAAUUGAAGUGAAGAGCAAUCGAUUGAAACGAUUGAGAGUUUGUGUCAAAUCAUUGCUUCAGUCGUUGGACUUAAUCAUUGAAACGAUAGACAAGUUUGACAUCAAAGAUAAAGCCGAAGACAAAGCAAACAAUGAGUGA